AUGGGCGAUCGCGGAACACAACCAGGUCUGACGUCCAAGGUCCCAGAUCGCCCGCCACACGAGCUUGUCGUCGCCCCAGCUGGCCAUCCUCGGCGGUCUGAGAUCCAGAAGCAGUGCAUCGACGUCCGCAUCGCCGUCUUCAUCCACGAGCAGGGCUUCUCCAUAGACGAUGAGGUAGACAAGUAUGACUCCGAUCCCCGAGCAACCCAUAUUCUGCUCCGUCUCGUUCCUUCAAUGACGCCAAUCGGUACCAUCCGUGCCGUAAAGCUGGCCCCCGGAAAGUACAAACUAAGCAGGCUCGCUGUCCUGAAGGAGUACCGACAAUACCGAUUUGGCCGUGACUUGGUACAUGCUCUGCAUGCUUGGGUAGAGCAGUCCGCAUCGCAGGAUGGCGUCCAAUCCGCCCAAAUUAUAGCCCAUUCCCAGAUACCCGUCAAGCCCUUUUACGCAAAGUAUGGCUACGUUAACGAAGGUCCGGAGUUUGAGGAGGACGGUGCCCCUCAUCAGAAAAUGGUGUUCCAACUACAGCUAUCUCGGUAG